AUGUUCUUUGCAGUGGUUUGUCCGAUCAUUUUGGUGCUACACUCGUACACGACGUUUGAUCUCGAUCGUGCACUUGCCCGACUUUACCUAAAAGUUUAUUUUCCGGGGAGUUUCCAACGACAAGCCAGGAUGCAGUCGGAUGCAGUGGCCACGACGCUUUUCCGCUUUGCUUUUGACUCGCUUCGAACUCUAACGUGGUCAGAUCUGGCGAUUCGAGUCACCAUGAAUAUCUCGUUCAGCUACCGACUGACGCGUCUCGUCGAAGUGAUUCGUCAACGGCGUAAACGUCAGCGAACUUCGAGCGCCAAGCUGGCCAAACUACGAACGCAACGUCGAGUGCCUUGUUGGGUCGGAGCUCUGUUUGUGGGAGCUAGCAUCUUUGUGCUGGUGUACACGAAUAAGUGUAUCCUCGAGUCACGCAAAGCGUGUGCAGCGUACCCUCAGUGCGUAGCGUUUGCCUAUCGCUGGGACCGCCAAGAUGUCUGUCCCUGUCUUGCUCUCGUGGAUGUGGAUAGAGCACCAAAGACCUACGAAGAGUGGACGCACCCCCAAGAUGUGACAGCGACAGUCAGAGACCUUGCACUGUCCGGAGACUUGCAGGUGCUGCAGAUUACGAACCGCCAAAUGAAGAUUUGGCCGGAUGAACUUCAGCGGUGUACCGAUCUGGAAUAUCUUUUGGGGAGACGAAUAUUGUGA